CAUGCUUUGCGCGCAGCAGCGGGCGGGGCGGCGGCGAGGCGAAGCGGGGCUGCUGGGCAGGGUCUGGGGCUGCGAGGGAGCCCGCUUGUGUGUGCGCGCAGCAGCCUCCUCCUCCUCGGGCGCUCGCGCUGCUGCCUUGCUCGCUCCUCCCUCGCGUCCUCCUCUCGCAUCCCCGCCGGCGGCGGGCAGCAGCUGCCGCUGAGCGGCAAUGAAUGAGCAUCUCGGCGCACAGCCGGGGCUGGCCGGCCGCACCUGGCCCCGCCGCAGCCCGGAGGAGGAGGAGGAGGACGAGAGCGACGCCGAGCGCCUGCCGGAGGAGCCCCGGCUCCACGCCUAGGCGGGCGGCGCGCCUCACCUGGACCCGCGCUGGGAGCCCCGACUCGGCAGCCGCCCCUUCCUUCCUUCCCACUCACCCCCCCCCCGCCCUGCUGCCCGGCGGGAUGAGCCAGGAUGGGUGGUCGGCUCCGCGCCAGGGCAGGAUCACGCCUUUGCUGCUGCCGCCGCCGCCAACGGCUCGCGCCUAGCUGCCUCCAUUGCGCCGCCCCGCCGAGGGACCGCUAGCCGCCGCCGCCGCCGCAUCGCCUCCUGUCAGCCCCGCGGCUGCCUGCCUGGGAAGAAGGAGGGACCCCCGCCCAUGCCCGCCGGAGCGGCCGCCGCCCGGGAGCCCUGACAGCCGGAGGGAGGGCGCGUGGCGGGGGGCGGGCCGCCGCGAUGGCGAGCCGGGCCAAGAGCAGCGAGGCGCUGAAGGUGGUGGUCCGCUGCCGGCCCAUGAGCAGGAAGGAGGAAGCCGCCGGCUACGAGAGGCUGGUGGCCAUGGACGUGAAGCUGGGCCAGGUGACCAUCCGCAACCCCAAGGCCUCGCCCGGGGAGCUGGCCAAGACGUUCACCUUCGACGCCGUGUACGACGCCAGCUCCAAGCAGGCCGACCUGUACGACGAGACGGCGCGGCCGCUGGUCGACUCGGUGCUGCAGGGCUUCAACGGCACCCUCUUUGCCUACGGCCAGACCGGCACGGGGAAGACCUACACGAUGCAAGGCGCCUGGGCCGACCCGGAGCGGCGAGGGGUCAUCCCCAACUCCUUCGAGCACAUCUUCACCCACAUCUCCCGCUCGCAGAACCAGCAGUACUUGGUCCGGGCCUCCUACCUGGAGAUCUACCAAGAGGAGAUCCGGGACCUCCUGGCCAAGGACCAGAGCAAGAAGAUGGAGCUGAAGGAGAACCCCGAGACGGGGGUCUACAUCAAGGACCUCUCCUCCUUUGUGACCAAAAACGUCAAGGAGAUUGAGCACGUCAUGAACCUGGGGAACCAGACCCGCUCGGUGGGCAGCACCAACAUGAACGAGUACAGCUCCCGCUCGCACACCAUCUUCGUCAUCACCGUGGAGUGCAGCGAGAGGGGCCCAGACGGGGAAGACCACAUCCGGGUGGGAAAGCUCAACCUGGUGGACUUGGCCGGGAGCGAGCGGCAGAGCAAGAUGGGGGCCCAAGGGGAGAGGCCGAAGGAGGCCUCCAAGAUCAACCUCUCCCUCUCCGCCCUGGGCAACGUGAUCUCGGCCCUGGUGGAUGGCAAGAGCACCCACGUCCCCUACCGGGACUCCAAGCUCACGCGCCUCCUGCAGGACUCCCUGGGCGGCAAUGCCAAGACCAUCAUGGUGGCCACUCUGGGCCCGGCCUCCCACAGCUACGACGAGAGCCUCUCCACCCUCCGGUUCGCCAACAGGGCCAAAAACAUCAAGAACAAGCCCCGGGUCAACGAGGACCCCAAGGAUACCCUCUUGCGGGAGUUCCAGGAGGAGAUCACGCGCUUGAAGGCCCAGCUGGAGAAACGGGGGAUGCUCAGCAAGAAGCGGCGGAGGAACAGCCGGAGGAAGAAGGCGCUGGACGGGGAGGGGACCCCCGAGGCCGAGGAGAUGGAGGACAACGAGGACGGGGGCCUGGAGAAGAACAUGAAGAACUACCUGCAGGAGCAGAAGGAGAGGCUGGAGGAGGAGAAGGCCGCCAUCCAGGACGACCACAGCCUGGUGAGCGAGGAGAAGCAGAAGCUCUUGGAGGAGAAGCAGAAGAUGAUUGAGGAGCUACGGAAGGAGCAGGAGGCCACCGAACUUCUGGCCACCAAGUACAAGGCCAUGGAGAGCAAGUUGCUGAUUGGCGGCAGGAACAUCAUGGACCACACCAAUGAGCAGCAGAAGAUGCUGGAGCUGAAGCGGCAAGAGAUUAAUGAGCAGAAACGGCGGGAGCGUGAGAUGCAGCAGGAGGUGCUCUUGAGGGACGAGGAGACCAUGGAGCUCCGAGAGACGUUCACCUCCUUGCAGCAGGAAGUGGAGAUCAAGACCAAGAAGCUGAAAAAGCUCUACGCCAAACUCCAGGCUGUGAAGGCAGAAAUCCAGGACCAGCAUGACGAGUACAUCCGGGUGCGACAAGACCUGGAGGAGGCGCAGAACGAGCAGACCCGGGAGCUGAAACUCAAGUACCUGAUCAUUGAGAACUUCAUCCCCCCUGAAGAGAAGAACAAAAUCAUGAACCGGCUCUACUUCGACUGCGAGGAGGACCAGUGGAAAUUCCAGCCCUUGGUGCUGACGGCAGGAGGCAGGAGCUGCAGAACCAGCACGGGCACACAGAUGAAGAAGCGGCCAACCUCUGCCGUGGGCUACAAGAGGCCCAUUAGCCAAUACGCUCGCUUAGCCAUGUCCGUGGGCUCCCAUCCUCGCUACCGGGCGGAGAACAUCAUGUUCUUGGAACUGGACGUCUCCCCGCCAGCCGUCUUUGAGUUUGAGGUCACGCGGGACCCCAGUGAGCAGGACCCCCGCCUGCUGCACCUGGAGAGGCUCAUGCGCCUGGACAGCCUCCUGGAGCGCCCGGCCGCCUCGCGGGUGCGCAAGUCCCGCUCUUGGUGCCAGACUCCGCGCUCCCUGCCUUCCUCCACCACCCACGUGUCGCUGGCCUCCAGCUCACAGCACCCCUCCACAGCACCGGCUUACGAGUAACCCCAGCUGCCCUCCCCUCCGCCCUUCCUCCACACCCCCUGCCAGAAGGAGGACUGGCUCCUUCUCCCGCCACGGCUGCCUCCGAGGACACCCACCGGCUCCGGGGACGGGCUCCUCCUGCACUCACUCCCCCGCCCUUGUCUUUCACUCCUUCCUGUGUCUCUGUGUCUGUCUGUCCGAGAUGAUGCCUCCCUGGGACCUACACCCCCCCCCCCCGCCCUCUCUGGACCUGCCACUCUGUUUAUUUAACAUAUUUAUUUAUGGCGUGUCUUUGUGGCGAUGCGGAGUUUCCGACUGAGCAGCGUCUCGGCUUGAGGAGGGGCUCGGAGCCCACUGCCCCCUUGCCAGCGCCGAAGCAGAUGCACAACGCACAAUGUUCCUGGAAGGGGGGGCAGUGUCUUUUUUCCCUUGCCCCACGGAUGCUCGGAGCCCCCUGUUGGAAAUCAGGGGGCUGGACAAUCUGCACUCUGCUCCAAAGGCAGGUUGGAGCCGCCUCUGUUCUCCAGGACGCCCGGAGUUGUGGUCAGUGCUGCUGUCUCCACUGGGCGGUGAGGCUAGCUCGGCCUGGCCUGGAUCUCAGCAGCCCUGGAGCUCCCACCCUGGCCUUGCAAGAAGGAUGUGGGCCCUUCUCCGCUCCUGCUCGCCCACGGGAUGGGCUCCCUGUGGCACAGAGACUGCCUGGGCACUGAUUCUGCAAGCAGAGCCGGGAGGGCAAACCAGCCACUUCGUGCUCCGAGGCCUCCUCCUUCACCCCCCCCCCCAGUGACUGUCACACCCACUGGGUCACCGUGCUGCGUGUGUCUCCUUGGCAGUUCUGACGGGGGGGUCAGCAUCCGACCCUGCUGGGCAAGCGGGGGAGGCGAGCAGAGGGGUGACCUGGACCCCCACGUCAAGCAUUUCCUUGCAGUGGCCCCUGGGCCAAGCAAGUCCAGCGGUUAGUUCCAGCGAGGGCUUCCUGGGGCCAAAGUGGUGUCAGGAGGGACCAGUGGGAAUGAUCCAGGGAAAGAGAGAGAGCCGGGAGGGUCAUCUCCUGCCCAGGCCUCCCCUGCUCUGCCGCUGUGUGUCUCUGCAUUGGCUCCCCCUUGGCCAGUGGGCCUCCAGCAGGCCAGCCGGAGAGGCUUGGUUGGCCUGAAGCCGGGCGGCUGUGUUCAGGGGUGGGGAGGGGACCGAGCACAGAGACUCGCCCGGCCCCAGGUGGGGCCUGCAGCAGCUUGUGUCAGAAGGGCCUCUCGAGGCCUGAGGCUGGAGCCCUGGUCUGCCCUAAAGGCAGGAAAAGGCAGCACCUGGUGAACAGCAGGCUGUGACGCUGACUGGGCAGACCAAGAGAGGUGGCAGAGGUCUGAUGGCGCCAGCAGGAAGCACAGAGAAGAGCUCUCCAGGGUCUGCUUGCCACCCUUAGACCCGCCUGCCCUGUCUUUCUAAGCGUGCCUUUGCCUUGCCCCCAGGGGACGGCCGAUGUGGCUGGCCUUUGGGCUCCGGUUUGUCCUGGAGCCUCCUCCAAAUACCCAGAGAGUGGGGACAGGAUUCAUCCCCGCCCCCCUGGCCCUCCAAGGCAGGCAGGGUCCUCCGCUGGCUUUGGCGAUGGUGUGCACAGAAGCAGGGCGGCAGCGCUCUGGGGUGGUGGAUUCAGGGGGGUGUGUGUGUGUGUGGGGGUCUGCUUCUGGGAGUCCCAUGCCGCCGAGAGGGGAGCCAUGCGUGGGGAGGGCAGGAGGGCGUCUUGGCAGCUGAGGCUCGCCAGGAAAGGGUUGUGAUGACACAGAAAUGGUUCUCCGGAGGUGCAGUCCCGCUGGCCUGCCGUGCAGAACUGCUGCGUCAUGUGGCGGUGUGGUGUGCCAGGCGGCCCUUGGCCCGCUGCCCGGCCGGGGGGGUGGGGGGGCGCUCUUGGCCGUAGCAGUUGAUGCUGCAGUGACGUGCCAGCCGCGUUUCCUCCUGGUACCUAAGACAUCAUGGCGGCCAGAGCAGGCCCGCCAUCCGAGGCUGCCUGCAGCAGACCCCUGGGCGGUGUGAGGCUUGGCCAGCCAGUUGAGGAGGCGGCUCAGGAAGGCCCGCGGGGGCAAGGGCCGGUGUGUUCAGGGCCACCGCAAGAGGGAGACCCUCCUCCACUCCCGUCUCUGCCUGCCUGGCUUCCUUGCCUUUGGUUUCCCGUCUCCAGCACAGAGGCCUGUGCCCAGCCCGGGAAGCAGCAUCAAGCACAUGCAGACUGGUGGGGGCUUUACCGUACAGCACAACAGCCACGCACAGUAAGAGGGCUGGAGCCAGAACCGCCCCGCCCCCCAGGCAAAGCCGAGAGAGGCCGUCAUCAUGGCAAGCAAAGGCACCAGAGUAGAACCCUUCCCAGGCGGUCUGGACUGGACCCGGAUGCAAAUGUGUGCAGGCAAGUGACACUUCCUGCCCUACAGACCUGAAGGCUUCCUGGGGGAGGUGGCCACAGCUAGCCCUCCCCAGUGGUGAUGCUCCUCUGCUUACCUGCAGUGGUCUAUCCUAGUGAGCCCAGGGGCGGGGGGUCAAAGGAGACACAGUUGCCUCUGGUUCUGGGCAGCCUGGCUGUGCCUAUUUCUCCCAUCCUGCCCACACCGAUUAAUGAGGGCAGCACUGCCUGCAGGCUGGCCAGUCAUCAGGUAGAGCUGUGAGCCCAUACAGCUCUACCUGAUGAAUAGCCAACCUGCUACAGUAUGAUUCGCAUUGACAGGGUGGGAUGGGAGGAACAGAUGCAGUCGGGCUGUUGGAAACCAGAGGCAGCUGCGCCUCCUUUGGGUGCCCCCCUGGCUCGUUAGGACAGGCCACUGCUGGGGCAUCCUUACAAGGGGUACCACCCGCUACUUUUGAUGCCAAAGGGAUGCUCCUGCCACGUAUUCCAUGCCUGGAGGUCUCUCUCGCACUCUGUUUCUCCAUCCACUGCUGUGCUGCCAAUAAUCUCCAAUGACUUCCUAGCACAAAACUCAUGGACAGUUGUACAGCCAGGAUCAUUAAGAAGAGCCCGUGAAAUGAGCGACGGGGUCCUUCCUGCCGCCUCUGCGCGCUGGGCCAGGUUGCUCCCGAGGCCUCGCUGUGUUGCUGCGACAACCCGAGAUGUCGAUUUCUGAUGUUCUUUGUUCUUUGUCUGUUGGCGCGUCUGUAUUUACCUAUGGAUGUGUGUGGUGGGUGUGUCUGUUGUGGGGGUGCGUGGGGGGGUGCCCCACCCAGGGGAAACUAUGGAAUUACUGUCUAUGUGGAUGACUGCAGAGGGGAUACAUUCCGGGGGGGGCCAGCCAUGGGAGGGACUGGUUGACUGACAACGAAGGCCUGGAUUGGGACCAAAAUCUGUGUGUCUGUGGCCAUGGUGAUUUAGGGAGCUAAUGUUCAGUGGCCCGUGCUUGUUGCUCUAUACAUAUGAAUAUACAGGACAUAUUAUGCAUAGAUCUAUGAUACCUAGUGUAUGGGCAGAGGUCCUCAUCCCACCCCUCCCCCUCUGGUUCUGGAUGGAGAGCUCGUCCACACUCUGGCAUGUCGCCUUGAUGUGGUGCAGCUUGGACACCGCUGUGCCAGCACCGGUCUGAAAAUCCCAACCUUGACAAUAAAGGAAUGAGCAUUGUUGGAAAA